UCGAACCCCUCCCCUUCUCUCGUCCAAAUAUUUUCCUGCGGUUCAUGCCUCUUCACCAUACAUCUCCAUGGCCAGUAUGAUGCAUAGGCCUCAAACUCAGAAGCCCAAGGAGGGCCAACGCAAGUUCUCCCCUCCUGGCCCGACUUAUAUGUCCGACGACCAGAUCGGUAUGUUUACAGUGCCGCGCCAAAGCAUUCUCUUCCCCAUCCAGCCUUUAUCGAUCUCAUUCGGGCUGUCACCGCUUCGGAUCGAGGUCUCCAUGCUGAUCUUCGACCUACAGCGACCUAUUUGAAAGAUCUGCGGACUAAUCGUCCUACACGUCCUGGCGGAUCCAGGCCGCUUCCCGUAAG